ACUCUAAUUUAUUGCAGUAAAAUGAAUUAAAAGAAAAAAAAAAAAAAAAAAAAGAGAGGUUGACCUUUUUUGCAGAUUUGGUUAGAACUAAAAAUUUCCCAUCAAAAUCUCUGGUUUUUUUGAAAAAAAUUUAUGGCCGUCCCCAGAAAUUUCUCGCUCCAAUCAACAUCAAAUUUAUGAUAAUAAAAUCCGAAAGAAAAUAAGUAGGUAAAGCAGAAGGAAAAGUUUACACCAUUAUUUUACCAUAUCCUUUCAAACUUUCUCUUCUCUUUUUUUUGCUAAAUUUCCUCCUUUAAUCAUCAACUUUAUCCUUAAUUUGAUUGAUUAAUCAAAACCCAGUUCAUUGGAUUCCUAAAUAAUCCCCAAAAGUUGCAAAUUGCCAAUAAUUUUUUGUGGGUGUUGCAAAUAUUGAAGUUUAUUGGCUGCUUUAGCCUUUGUUCAAUCAAUAUUCUCGAAUUUGGGUAGGAAUUUAUCUGGGGAAAUGGGUACGAAAAUUGAAGAAAAUCAACAGGUUUUAAUGGCUCAGGACGAACAGCUGAACACAGAAUCUUCAAGUGAAAAUAUUGAAUUGUCUAAUGGCAUACAAGACAACGCAAAAUCUGUGGAAGAUCAAUUUCUGCUAGAUUUGGAUGUUGUGGGUACCGGGUCCUCGGUACCGGUUGCAGGGGAUUCGGGCAAUUUUUCGGAGGGUCCAUUGAAUGGAGAACUAGAUAAUCACUUGAUUUCAGAUUCUGUGGGCGAUCCUGCUAAAGACAAUCACGCUUCCUCUGAUGGAGAUGUUGUCACCAAUGUCAAGACUGCUGGGGCUGCAGUUGGAAAUGGGACUCCUGUUAGUCCCUCUGCCCUUACUUCUGAGUACGAUUUGAACAAAAAUCUUAUAGAUACAGCAGCACCAUUUGAAUCUGUGAAAGAAGCAGUUUCCAAGUUUGGAGGCAUCGUUGACUGGAAAGCUCAUAAAGUUCAGACUGUGGAGAGGCGCAAAAUAAUUGAACAAGAACUUACAAAGGUGCAGCAGGAGAUUCCCCUGUACAAGGAACAGACUGAGAUGGCUGAAAAAUCAAAGAUCCAGAUACUUAAGGACUUGGAAAACAUUAAAAGACUUAUUGAAGAACUAAAGCUGAACCUGGAAAGAGCACAGACAGAGGAACGUCAGGCAAAACAGGAUUCUGAACUUGCCCAACUUAGAGUUGAAGAGAUGGAACAAGGGAUUGCCCAUGAAGCCAGUGUGGCGGCCAAGCAACAGCUUGAGGUAGCUAAAGCCCGACACGAUGCUGCAAUUCUUGACCUAAAAUCUGUCAAGGAAGAACUGCAACUGUUGCAAAAGGAACAUGCUUUUUUAUUGACUGAGAAAGAAGAUGCUGUGAAGAAAGCUGAAGAAGCUGUCGCUGCAUCUAAGGAGAUUGAGAAGACAGUGGAGGAAUUUACCAUUGAACUCAUUACUACCAAAGAAACUCUAGAGUCUGCACAUGCUGCUCAUCUGGAGGCAGAGGAACAAAGAAUUGGAGCAGCUAUGGCCAAAGACCAAGAUAGUCUCACUUGGGAUAAGGAAUUGAAACAGGCAGAAGAGGAUCUGGAGAAACUAAACCAGCAAAUUGAGUCAGCCAAAGAGCUAAAAUCAAAUUUGAACUCAGCAUCCAAGCUACUUUCUGAUUUGAAAGCUGAAUUAGCAGCAUACAUGGAGUCAAAAGUAAGUCAAGAAAUUAGCAAUGGUGAUAAUACACCAGCUCAAGUGAACAAAUCUCAUGCAGAUAUGCAAGUGGCAGUUGCUGCAGCAGCUAAGGAACUUCAGGAUGUAAAGCUCAACAUUGAAAAAGCAACUGAUGAAGUAAACUGCUUAAAGGUGGCAGCCACAUCAUUAAAGACAGAGCUUGAGAAGGAAAAGUUGGAACUGGCCAACCUAAAGCAGAGAGAAGGUAUGGCUUCGAUUGCAGUUUCAUCUCUUGAGGCUGAGUUGGAGAAAAUCAAGUCAGAAAUAGCUUUGGUUCAGAUAAAGGAGAAAGAAGCUAGAGAGAAAAUGGCAGAGUUGCCUAAGCAAUUGCAGCAUGCCUCUGAAGAGGCAGAUGUGGCAAAAUCAGCUGUUAGUUCAGCUCGUGAAGAGUUGAAGAAGGCAACAGAGAAUGCAGAGCAAGCUAAAGCUGGAGCUAAUACAAUAGAGAGCAGAUUGCUUGCUGCUCAAAAGGAGAUGGAGGCUUCCAAAGCUUCAGAGGAGCUAGCCCUUGCAGCAAUCAAGGCUCUCCAAGAGAGUGAAUCAACCAAAACUAAUGGCAAUGAGGAAGACUCACCUAAUGGGGUAACACUUUCUGUAGAAGAGUACUACGAAUUGAGCAAAAGGGCUCAUGAAGCAGAGGAACAAGCCAACUUGAAGGUAACUGCUGCAAUGUCUCAAAUUGAGGUAGCCAAAGAAUCUGAGUUGAAAUCUUUGUCCCAAUUGGAAGAGGCAAACAAAGAGGUGGAAGAAAGAAAGGAAGCUCUGAGAAUCGCUUUGGAGAGAGCUGAAAAGGCUAAGGAAGGGAAAUUGGGUGUAGAACAGGAGUUGAGAAACUGGAGAGCUGAGAAUGAACAAAGGCGUAAAGCUGGUGAAUUAGCCCAAAAUAAUAGCCCUAGGAAGAGUAUUGAGGAAGGACAAGAAUUGAAGGGAAUUAAAAUAGAGAAGGUAGUUGAUUCUUCUUCCCCUCCUUUCCAUUAUGGACAAGGACUUGGUCUGAAGAAUGUGGAGCAGAUAGCUAGUUCUAAGACUGAUAGUAGCACUUCCCAGAACUCAGGAAGUCCCAUGGAUAACACUAAAAGUCCAAAGGGAGUAUUUGGGCAGAGUAACACAUUGAAGAAAAAGCGGAGAUUUUUGUUUCCAAGGUUAUUUAUGUUCUUUUCCAAGAAAAAAUCAUCUCCAAAGGCAUCAUCAUAAGCUCGCUCUUGGAUGGAUGGAUUAGUGAUUUGUGUUUGUCUUUGUCAUUGGCAUUGUCAUUGUCAUUGUCAUCAUCAGCUGCUAGUCCUCUUCUGAAGCAGCAUCAACAGUCUCUAUGUUGUACAUGGUUGGUUAUCCAUUCGAUCUGUAUUUACCUUUAUACUUACUCUUUUUUGCUUGAGCUUUACUUUUAUUCUUAUGUACAUGUUUGUCGGAAGACUGAGGUGUUUUCAAGGCAAUAAGAAGCCUGUUUUUGGACCUUGUUAUAGUAAAGAUUUAAAGAGAUGUAAUGUCAUGUAUAGAUGAUACUUUCAAAACCAAAACUCCAAUUGAAAAAAGGAGUUGAGUUUUUCUGUGAUUGAAAUUUUGAGUUCAGUUUGAAGAUAGAACAUUUUCUAUUCUAUAUAAAA